AUGCAGAGGGGUUAUAGGAUUUGCUUUAGGCCAGAGUGGCAAAAACUAGAAGACAGUCAAAGAUGUCUUUGGUUGGUCGCUUGUUUGUUUGUUUGUUUGUUUCAGUAGGUUGAGACCAAAGAGGAGUUUGUUGAAAUAAAAAAGAGGGAUUUGGAAAGGCUGACAACGGAGGUUAUGCAGUUGCGGGAUUUCUUACCCAAAAUACUAAAUGGGGAUAUCCUGGCGACAUUCCAGAAACUGGAAGCUAUUGAAUCAAACAUGGAGAAAAAGGAGGAGGAAAUAGAGCAGCUGAAAAUGGAUUGUGAACACUUCAAAGCCCGUCUGGAAACUGCCCAGGCAGAUUGUAUGAGAGAGAAGAAGGAAAAACUAGACCUCCGCCAGCAGCUGAAUGAGGCAAAGCAGCAGCUCCUGCAGCAAGCAGAGUAUUGCACAGAAAUGGGUGCAGCAGUGUGUACAUUGUUGUGGGGUGUAUCCAACAAUGAGGAAGCUGUUAAAAGCAUUCUAGGAGGAAGUAAAGCAGUAAAGUUUUUCACAAUCACUGCACAGACCAUGGAGAGCUUUGUGAAGUCAUUAAGUGAAGACAUGAAACAGCAGGAUUUGGAUUCUGAUGAAAAUCAGUUUGUAUUGGCUUUGGCAGGGAUUGUAACAAAUGUGGCUGCGCUGGCAUGUGGCCGUGAGUUCUUAGUUAGUUCAAAUUGUGAAUUACUGGACACAAUGAUGCACCUCCUGGGACACAUGAAGCCAGGACUCUGUACCAAGUUUAAAGUGCUAAUGCUAAUGUCACUUUACAAUGUGAGUAUCAACUUGAAAGGCUUGAAGUACAUCAGUGAAAGUCCAGGUUUUAUUCCUUUGCUUUGGUGGCUAUUGAAUGACCCAGAUACAGAAGUUUGUCUUCAUGUUCUGCGGCUCCUUCAGUCUGUGAUUCUGGAGCCAGAAGUAUUAGCCAAGUCAGCCUCGGAGAUGCGUGACACUUUGCCAUUUCAGCGUAUCCUUGCCCUGUCAAAGAGCCGCAAUGCAGAUCUGCAAGCACUUGCGAAAGAACUACUUGAAGAUCUUAAAAUACUUGAGUAUGAAGCAUAG